CGGGGGAAGUCGAGUCUGAGCUGCGCAUGCGCAGUGGCGAGGUCGGUGAAGUCUGUGAAUGGUGGUGUACAGCGGCGUGGAUAUCCCGGAGAGUUACUAGGAGAUGGCGGAGGUGAAAGUGAAGCAGGAAGGCGGGGAGGCCGCGGAGAUAGAGAACAGGAUUAUCGAGCUCUGUCAGCAGUUUCCUCAUGGAAUCACCGAUCAGGUUAUCCAGAAUGAGAUGCCACACAUUGAAGCGAAACAGAGAGCCAUGGCUAUUAACCGUCUGCUGUCUGUUGGUCAGUUGGAUCUGCUUAGAAGUGGAACCGGCCUAUUGUACAGGCUGAAAGACGCACAGACUGCAAGUAAAAUGAAAGGUUCUGACAACCAGGAAAAAUUAGUAUAUCAGAUUAUUGAAGAUGCUGGCAACAAAGGAAUAUGGAGCAGAGAUAUACGGUAUAAAAGUAACCUUCCGCUUACUGAGAUCAACAAGAUCCUGAAGAACAUGGAAAGCAAGAAGCUUAUUAAAGCUGUAAAGUCAGUAGCGGCUUCAAAAAAGAAGGUGUACAUGCUGUAUAAUGUACAACCUGACCGAUCAGUGACUGGUGGUGCUUGGUAUAGUGACCAAGACUUUGAAUCUGAAUUUGUAGAAGUACUAAACCAACAGUGUUUUAAAUUCUUGCAAACCAAGGCAGAAGCUGCCAGAGACGGGAAGCAGAACCCCAUGAUUCAGAGGAACAGUUCUUUUGGCUCAUCCCAUGAAGUUUGGAAGUAUAUUUGUGAACUUGGCAUUAGCAAGGUUGAACUAUCAAUGGAAGACAUAGAAACUAUCCUCAACACCCUAAUUUAUGAUGGGAAAGUAGAGAUGACUAUUAUAGCUGCUAAAGAGGGGACUGUGGGCAGUGUGGAUGGACAGAUGAAACUUUUCAGAGCAGUGAAUCCUAUCAUACAGCCAGCAGGUUUAGUGCGUACUCCCUGUGGUCUAUGUCCAGUAUUUCAUGAUUGUCAUGAAGGUGGUGAAAUCUCUCCAUCCAAUUGUAUAUACAUGACAGAAUGGCUGGAAUAUUAAUGAAGCUUGCUUGUAUGAAAACUUAUGAAUGGAGCAACACUGAACAGAACAGGGGAUCGGACAGACUGCGCUAAAUAUAUUUAUUUUAGUAUUUUAUUCUAUUUUGUAUUUGAAGAAUCAUCCGGACAGACGUCUCAGCAGAGGAGCAAUGUGGUUUUAUUUAAGUCAUUCCUUUCUUACUCAAUAUUCUGUUCAUUCUGUCAGAAUGUAAACAUGGGAAGAAAAUGCCUGAAAUCCUUAUUUGCAAAGCAGAUUCAUGUCAUUGCUUGUUAAAUAAGUGUUAAUAAAUUUACAUUAUAUGUU